AUGCAAUGGACUGUAAAAAUGGCCGAAAAUUAUAGUCAAAAUACUCGAAUGUGUAACGAAGGGAAUAUUUUAUAUUUGUCGGAUUGUAUUGUUGCAUUGAAUUAGAGAAAUUGGAGCGGCAAGCUAGUCAGGUGAAACUGUAUCCGAUUUUCAUUAGUCUUAAUGGAAACAUCCGUAAGUACUUACUGGGGCGUACGUUCCUCCGCAAAUUUCAUGCUGUACCGGAUAUUUAAGAGAAUUACCCUUUAUUAAAUAUUUCUUACUCUUCUUGGAACUGUUUAGAGAUCAUCGAAACAGCGAGAUAAAUUUUCUCUUGGAAAACGGGAAAGAUAAGAACGCGUCAGUGUUCGAAUUGGAAGCAUGUAUUUCUAAUUGUCGAAACGCAUCUCUACCGUGGAAGGCUGCCAAAGUUUUGUGAAAGAAUACACGUGGCGGAUGGCGUGAACAAGAAAAUUAAAGAUAUAAAUAGAACAGAGACGAAGAUUGUAUAAAAAAAAAAAAAA